UGGCCGAAUUGGUUAGCGUGUGUGUGCGCUGCAUCAUAAGAUCUGUCAUUGAGUCAACUGGCGUGGUUUCGAUUCCCAGGUUGUAUGUGACAAGGAGUACUAGGGUCAACUGUCCAACCUCAUGGAUUUUCUAUUGGUCCUCCGGUUUCCUCCCACUGCUAAAGACCCCCUACGUGCAAGCAAAUUAUUGUAAUAAAAUUGAACCAUAUGUUAGUCCCGAAAUGACCUAGUUUGUAUCGAGUGGACGUUAAACCCUCUCUCUGUAUCGAUCGACAAUAGUGAUACAAUAUGUGUCAAUUGAUAAACAAAUUGUACAUGUAGUAGAUACUGGCUAUACACAUUGUGAGAAGAAAGAAAGGUGAAAAAUUAGUCCAGCUACACAAAUAUAAACACAGCAGCGAGAAAACUUGUUUUAUGGUCCGGUAGUCUAUGCGUGUUCUCAUCGUAUUGGUAGUCUUGGGACAAGAUGUCUGGACAAAUGAGUCAAGAAUCAGAUAAUGAAUAUAGUGAUGAUCAUAUCGAAGAUGAUGAAGAUGAAUAUGAUAAUUAUUACUAUGACAACAAUGAUGAUCUAGAUCUAGAUAAACCAAAGAAAAGUGAUGAUCCAGAAUAUUUCGAGUUUGAUUUAUUAAAAGUGGAAGAUGUCGAGAGGUUGUUGAACGAGGAAGUAGAAGCAUUGUGUACCUCCUUAAAGAUUACUCCCUCAUUAGCGAAAAUGUUAUUACAUGCCCAUGGUUGGCAGAGAUCUUUAAUCAUAGAAAGACAUCAAAGAGAUCCAGAGAAAUUUUUAGUUGAUUCAAGAAUUGUUGCCGAUAAAAAGAACAUAUCCCAGGAUAUUAUAAUGGGAAUAACACAUACGUGUCCUAUAUGUGUUCAACAACUUACUAAAGAUGAAUUCCAAGCUCUUUCUUGUCAACAUUUAUUCUGCAACGAAUGUUGGGAUAUGCACUUUAAUAUUCAAAUUAACCAAGGAUUAACUACAGGUAUAGAAUGUAUGGGUAAAGAUUGUAAACUAUUAGUACCAGAAGAUUUUAUCUGUGGUAUAUUAAAAGACACAUCCAUGAGAGAAAAGUAUUUUAAAUUCUCCUUCACAGAUCUCAUCAAGAGUCAUUCACAAUUACGAUUUUGUCCAGGUCCUAAUUGUUCUAUCGUUGUUCAAGCGAAAGAACCCAAGGCCAAAAGAGUUGAAUGUAAUAUGUGCAAAUCUACAUUUUGUUUUCGAUGUGGUAUAGAUUAUCAUGCACCAACAGAUUGUGACACGAUAAAGAAAUGGUUAAUGAAAUGUGCCGAUGAUUCUGAAACAGCUAACUAUAUUAGUGCUAAUACUAAAGAUUGCCCUAAGUGCCAUGUUUGUAUUGAGAAAAAUGGCGGCUGCAACCACAUGCAAUGUUCCAAGUGUAAAUCAGAUUUUUGUUGGAUGUGUUUAGGAGAAUGGAAGACACAUGGUAGUGAAUACUAUGAAUGUAGUAGAUUUAAAGAAAAUCCUAACAUAGCCAAUGAAUCAGUACAUGUACAAGCAAGAGAAGCACUCAAAAAAUAUUUAUUUUAUUAUGAAAGGUGGGAAAAUCAUGCCAAAAGUUUAACAUUAGAAGAGCAGACAUUAAAAAAUAUCAGUACAAGAAUACAGGAGAAAGUGAUGAAUAAUGAAGGAACGUGGAUAGCAUGGCAGUAUCUUCUUAAAGCAGCUGAUCUUCUUAAAAAGUGUCGUUACUCUUUACAGUACACGUAUCCUUACGCCUAUUACCUUGAUAGAGGGGGUAGAAAAGAAUUGUUUGAGUAUCAACAAGCUCAGUUGGAAGCUGAAGUAGAAAAUUUAUCAUGGAAGGUAGAGAGAGCAGAAAUAUCGGACACAGGGGAAUUAGAGAAUUUAAUGGACAUAGCUGAGAAGAGAAGACUGACACUAUUAAAAGAUUUCUUAGAAGUUUGAUUUUAAUAUAUAUCUGUACAGUAAAAAUUUCAUUAAAUAUGUUGGUUAUUCCAUGACAAACCUCAGAUCUCAAAAUAACCCAAAACAGUUGGUUGUUAGUCCCCAUACUCCACAAGCAACAGCCAGAUUUGGCUAGAAGGUUGGAUGGCCGAAUGGUUAGCACUCGCGUGCUGUAUUGGUCCCUAUAGUCCACAAACAACAGCUAUAUUUGGCUAUAUUGACAGAUUCUUUGGGGAUGCUCGAUUCACAGUCCAGAACGUCCCGAAUUGACAGAAUUACAAUCGAGUAACGCGGAGUUCAGUUCUGUCACAGUUCUGUCAGUCCCGACAACGGAGGUGGUGUGAGUAGAAUCGUGACGUAAUUAAAAGGUUUCAGCUGCGUGGUUGGUUGAGAUAUUAACUUAUUCAGUCGACGCAUGGGAUGUAGCCCGAAAUCCGCCUUUUCACUCGAUUGUCACUAUUUUUGGGAUUGAAGGAAUUCAAUUCCAGAACGUUCAAUCGAGUACCCCCUAAGUGGAAUUAACAAGUUGGAGGUUUUACCUGACGACAAAAAGAAACUCAAGUUUAUAUUGAAAUCAGUUAAUUCUCUGUUAUAUAUUAUUGCAAGUAAGAGGGGUUGGAUGGCCGAAUGGGUAGCACGUGCGUGCUGUAUUAUACGAUCUGUCAUUGAGUCAUCUGGCGUGGUUUCGAAUCCCCAGUUGUACGUGACAAGGAGUAGGGUCGUCUGUCCAACCUCGUGGGUUUUCUCUGUGUCCUCUAGUUUCCUCCCACUGCUAAAGACCCCUACAUGCUAGUGAGGGGGCACAGUGGCUAAGUGGGUAAGACGCUGGCUCGAUAGCCUGGAGGUCGGGUGUUCGAUCCCUGCAUUGGCCGAGAAAGUUCAUCCAGAUUUUCCGGCGUGAUUCCCCCCUUGUCAGUGAUGCAGGACGGAGGGCCUGACAAGGACAGUUGUCUGGUCGUUCAGAGGGGACAAUAAACCAAGGUCCUGUGUACACAUCGGCAUGCACGUAAAAGAUCCCUUGACAGUUGGAAUUCGAUAUAAGAGUAGGCUGUAGUGCCACAGUCCAGGCAAAAUUUCCCUCAUAACAUUCUGUAUGGUGUAUGCUCGUUUUCAUUAGCCCAGUUCGGAGCAGAACAGUAAGACGUUAAACCACAUUUCAUUUCAUUUCAACAUAUAGUGGACUUCAAUUAUGAGUCUGAAUUUGUGUGAAUUGAUAAUCAUAACAGACACUAAAUAGAGUUGUGUUAGUCCCAGUAGCAGAAAGGGUGUGGUGAUAACAAUCAAACACAAUCAAUGUGAGUACACGUCAACUGCAAUUAACGUUAUCUUCUUGAUUGUCACUGUGAGUUGGAUCCAGAGAAUACUGUUCCGAAACAUUCAGUAGUUUAUAAUACUGCCUAGGAUGAUCAAAGUCAUCAAGAGAAUACUGUUUCACAGUACUGUAUACUGCUUAGGAUGAUCAAAGUCAUCAAGAGAAUACUGUUCCGUAGUACUGUAUAUAUACUGCCUAGGAUGAUCAAAGUCAUCGUGAGAAUACUGUUCUGCAGUACUGUAGUAUACUGACUGCUUAGGAUGAUCAAAGUCAUCAAGAGAAUACUGUUCUGCAGUACUGUAGUAUACUGACUGCUUAGGAUGAUCAAAGUCAUCAAGAGAAUACUGUUCUGCAGUACUGUAGUAUACUGACUGCUUAGGA